CGAACCAAUGGCGCUCUCCCUCGCGCGCAGCCCCCACCGCCACCCCGCCGCCGCGCUCCCGGCCCCGCGCAUUUGCCGGCUUGCCUCCCUCCUCCGCUCCUCCUCACCUCGCCGCCGCCCUUGCCCGCUCAUCGGGCCCAGCCUCCGCCUCCGUCUCACGGCCGCGGCAUUUGCGGCCUCCUCGCCUCCCGAGGCGCAGGCGGCGGCCGCGGAUGAGGAGGAGGAGGAGGCGGAGGAGGGAGAGAAGCGGCGGAAGCUGUACGUGGCCAACAUCCCCUGGUCCUUACCGGCGCCGGAGAUCGAGAAGCUGUUCGCGCAGUGCGGCGCCGUCAAGGAUGUUGAGGUGAUCAAGGGGAAGGAUGGGAAGAAGAAGGGGUUCGCGUUCGUUACGAUGUCCACCACGGAGGAGGCCGCCGCCGCUGUGGAGAAGCUCAACUCCCUAGAUGUCAUGGGGAGGACUAUCAGGGUGGAAUUUUCAAAGAGCUUUAGAAAACCUGCUCCGCCUCCUCCUCCAGGCACAAUUGUGGAGAGGCACAAACUUUAUGUUUCCAAUCUCCCAUGGAAAGCAAGGGCUCCCAAUAUGAAGGAGUUUUUCACAAAAUUUAACCCGCUUUCUGCUAAGGUAGUCUUUGAUAGCCCAUCAGGAAAAUCAGCUGGUUAUGGUUUUGUUUCUUUUGGGACAAAAGAGGAAGCUGAAGCCGCUCUCAGUGAACUCGAUGGAAAGGAGCUUAUGGGAAGACCUGUUCGUUUAAGAUGGCGACAAAACACAGAUGAUACGGUUGACAGUGUAAAGGCUGAUCGUGAAAUUGAAGAUGUAAAUAUUGAUGGAGAGGCUGAAGGUGCCCUUGAUAAUGGUAGUGUGGAUGAUGGUGAAGAUAAACAGUAAUAGUUUCACAAUACUGUGUAUGGACUCAGGGGAAAUAUACCAGCGGCCUCAAUAAUAAGUACAGGUGUGGAGCCUCCUUGUACAGCUACGAGUUUUUUACACUUCCUGAUUUUAAAGAGAGGAGUUAUUGAAAUCAAAUACAACAAUAUCUGGUUGUGGUUGAUGCUGAUAAGGAAACGAGGAACAAAAAGAUGUCACCUCUGACCUAAGGUGAAACAUUGUCAUUGAAUAGCUUAAUACUUCAAUUUUCAUUUUGAGUAAUGUAUUUACUGUAAUGAUCUGUAAUUGUUUGUACUAUAUUGUGACCAUCAACUUUCUCCUGCUGAGACAAUUGUUGUCUCAGCAACUUUAGUCAUCCCCUAUAGUAUUCCUUAAUUUGCCAGCCAACUUUAGGCAACGAGGUAUCAUUAAAGUACAACUUACUCUUUUCUGGUGGACAUCACCUGUGGAAAUGAUUAAAGGAAAUCAGCAUGCCAUUUACUAACCCCUUAGAGUUUUAU